CUGACCUACUAGUGGAGAAACUACGACUCAAUGUUCACAUCCCCUACAUGCUGGUUCUGCUCAAGUUCUUCAAUGGAGCAAUGGAAACUCUCAAUCAGUCAUCUAGCACAGCAUCGCCUACUGAGCCAAACGUACGACCACCAGCCAGACCAUACCCGACCCCCGCUGUGUCUUCAGGUGACCCAAGUCCAGCAGUGUCAAGCCUAACUGUGUAUGGAAGUUUGAAACAACCUGAGAUUGUUCUGUUUGCCGACCCUACAGAAAUUGACAGCAGAGUGGUGGUUUUACAUUCAGACAUGGUGUUUGAGUACAGCAAGGACAUUACUAAGCAACACAUCUGGGCUAAAAUCACAGAUCUGAAGUUGAUCUCCCGCUCCUCUGUCCACAGUACAGUCAGUAACCUGGUUAUGAAUCCUUGUUGCUUAGAGCUGACCCAGAAAGUUGAUUUAAUAUUGGAGAAAUCAGAUACAACAGUAGCCAUCAGCAAAGUGCAAGUGUUUCUGUCACCAUCAGUUAUGCAACUCUCCUGGGAUGUGUUUGCAGCACUACAGAUUCAAGAAACUGUUGAGGAGCCAGGACCAAGCAGACCUGUCGUCGAGGCAGACACCCACAGUCUCUGGGAAGUAACAAAAAUAACAUCUGAAAAAUGGCUUAAAAAUGGCUCUGAAGUCAAUGUUCUGCCCAACCUGCAACCAGUGGCUUCCCCUAAGGAGUCAUUUCAGCUUGACAUCAAAGACAUUAAUGUCUUCUUUGAAAUUGAAACACUUGAUCUGCAUGUCCCAAUUUUGUGCUUGCAUACAUCGGUUGAAGCCAAAUUUGAGGAGUGGUCCAGAAAGAUGCAUAUUGAAGCUGAGAUGCAUCUGAAGAUGAUGUUCUACAAUGAAAAGUUGUCAGUGUGGGAGCCUUUAAUUGAACCUGUUAUGGACAGAGAAGGAGUUUACAGACCAUGGGAGGUGCUUGUUAAGGUGGUAAAGACAAAAAGCUUCCCCAUGAUUUGUAUGUAUGAUGAGAAAGACCUAACCAUUUCUGAGGAGCUUCAAACAGAAGUCCAGCAAAUGAUGCAUCGAGCCAGGGUCAAAUCAAGCAGUUCAGAAACUGAUGAUACAGAUGGUGAUGCUGAUAUGACUGUCAUACGACAUAAGUCACUGCGCCGACUGCGGUGUGCCAGUGAUCGCAGCUUUGACUCCAGCCAUCAUAGCAGUGUCCAAGGGGAGUCAGACUCAGAGCCAGAAGGUUUCAUCUCUCACAUGACCAGCAAACUGGGCAGUAUUUUCUCUAGUGACAGUAGCGAUGCUGAUGUCAGUGAAACUGAUGACAAUGAUGACGGAAUUGACCUGUCGCUUGACAAACCUGUUUUUCUUACAUCAAGAGGCCCAGUUCAUAUGACUGCUGGAUUUGAUGAGGUUGAUGGAGGUGCUGGAGAUGGAGAGGAGCAGGAAGGGGAAGAAAAGUGUUUAUAUAUCAUGGUGGACUCUGUGGACAGGCUGCAGCUGAAUGUAACUCCACAGGCAAUAGCUGUCCUGAAGGAUAUCGCUGAAGCCCUGACAAACCCCAGCAAGUCAGAAUUACACUCAGUGAGGACAAAGCCCAGAUUCCGUGUCAACAAUAAGCUUGGGCUUCAUGCAUACAUAACCUGUCACCCAAAAAUUCAAAUACACAAGGAUCAGAUCCAGAAUGCUACUGUUUAUCAUGCAGGAACAGAUUCCAACAUCAUUCAUCCGGCAGACUACAGUAAUGACAUUGAGGCUUCUUGUGAAGAUGUUUGUGAAGAUGGAAGCUCGCCAGAUGGAAAGCAUCCAGUGCCACACCUACUUGCUAGAGCGGGUCAUACUCUGAUCAGUGCUGGAGCCUUUGUCUUUGAUGAUGAUGAUGACUAUUUGUCUGGUCCACAGAUGGAUCUCCACCGUCUGAAACUACAGGUUGCUGGAUUUGAGCAGACACAGUCCAUUCUUCACAAAAGUGAAUGUCGCAGGCUCAUUCCCUUAUCUCCUUGCAAGAAUGGGAUGAAGUACAGUGUCGUGAUGGAGGUGAACAUGUGGCAUGGACUGAAGACAAUUAAUCUGUACUCUCCUCUCAAGCUGGAAAAUCAUUUGACAAUGUCUAUAGACGUGUACUGCAGAACAGAAGAUUUAAAGAAAUUUAAAGCCACCCAGAGUUUGGCAAAUGCUGACAAGUUUUCCAAACUGGCAACUGUGGAGCCACAGGAAACUUACCAUCUUCCACUCUUUGUUGCAUACCACUCCCCACUGUAUGUCAAGCCUUCAGACAUCAAUUAUGAACUCACCUACAACGCCCUCUGGUGGCAAGAAAUGCUUCAAGGCAAGGACAGGGUGAAGAACUUCCUCUGCACAUCAUCUCAAGAGGAGAAAAAGUCCUUCAAUUUCAAGGUUGUCUGCAAAGAAGGUGAACAGCUGAAGCCACAACACAGUGUUCCUAGAGCAGUGCCAUACUACACAAUCAGCUUGUAUCCCCCGGUUGUUCUACACAACUACCUCCCAUAUGAUAUUCAGUUUUCACUGCAGGGAACAUCUAUGUCAAGUAGUCUGACUCAUGGUGAGAUGACACCCCUAUACACAGUGGAAACAAGCAAGUUGUACAAACUACAAAUUACUCUUCCUGAUUACAUGGGAUCAGACUGGCAGGGCUUCCUUGACAUCUCCCCUGACAUGGAGGAGUUUCGAGCCAUCACCAUGGAAACAGAAGUUGACUCUGAGAAUCUGAAUAGACACCUUAGCCUCAGCAUUCAUGCAAAUCAGUCCAACUCCUUGGACUUGAGAAUUUAUGCACCAUAUUGGAUUGUAAAUAAGACAGAUCUUCCACUGCAACUGCGGGGUUCUAUGUCCGACGCUGUGUAUGAAUUUGGCAGUUCACCAAAUCCACUUCUGUUUAGAUUCAAAAAGCACAAGAAGAAAAAAGCCAAACUGCGAGUUUAUGAAUCCAGAUGGUCACAGUCAUUUUCUACUGAUACAGUUGGGAGCGGAGGGGUUGUCAUCUGUAAUGACAAAGAAAGAGGGAAGAAGUACAUGUUCAUGAUCCAGAUAACUCUGUCCAAACUGCACCUGACCAAGCUGGUAGUGAUCAUGCCUUUUUUCCUGGUCAUCAACAACUCCAAGCAGAAGCUCAGGUAUAUGGAAGAAAACGAGCAUGCUGACUUGUGGGUUGACAUUGAGCCUGGCCAGUACCAGCCAUAUUGGCCAGUAACUGAAUCGUUCAACAUGUAUGUAAAGUUUGAUGGCAGCAAUGUGUCAUCUUUACACUUCCCAAUCAAAUCCUGUCACAACACAGUUCUUCGAAUGGAACAAGGGAGAGCUGUAUGUGUUGAGGUUGCUGGUGGAACAGACACACCCAUCACCAUCAUCUUCACUGAUUAUGAACAUGGUGAUGCCCCUGCCAGGGUAGAUAAUCUCUGUGAGGAUGUCUUUAUCAAGAUUCAUCAGAAGAAUCAGAGCCAGGUAACUCUGUUAUCGCCCAAUCAGAGCAUACUGUACACAUGGGAUGAACCAUCAGCAGAAAGGACACUCAUGUGGAAUGUCUAUGGCAGAAAAAGACCAAGCUAUCCUGCAUACAUUACCAAGGAUGGAUCUGGUGAAAUGAGGCUAAGUGUUCCUUCACUAAAAAGUGCAAGUAACUCUGGUGUGGACUUCACAGAUGCAGGAGAUACUGAUGAUAGCAGCAGUCCUGAAGAUGAAAGUGAUGAGACUGAUGGACUUGUUAUCCCAACUGAUCGCUCCCUUCUUGGUCACACACGAGUGGACAAGAUGGUGGUAUUCUGGGUCUCCUAUCUUGAUGGACUACAGAGAGUAUUGCUGUUUACUCAAGAUGAGCGAGUUGCCAAGGCUGUUCGCAAGAUAAAUGAAGGAGAAAGUGCCCAGAUUGCUGUGUUUGCCUCCCUUGAGGGAAUUAACAUAUCUGUGAUCAACUCAGCAUAUCAGGAGGUGGCGCUGCUUUCUGUAUUCAGUAGUCCAGCUGUCUGGGAAGUUGAAGUCAAAGAGAAGUGGAGAUCUCUUAGCUUGGAGCUAACAACCUGGCUAGAAGAUCAGUGGAGAGGGGAAGUUACUGGAGCAAAACUUCAUGAUCAAAUAGAGGCUGAUUUAAACAAGAUGCAGAUGACAAAACCAUUCAUGGGGGCCCUCAAACGAACAUUCCAUCCAGGUGUACAGUGUCAGUACCUCACUUCAAAACAUCACAUGUCAGUAAACCUUCACUUACAGAGCCUGCAGGUUGACAACCAACUUCCUGAUGCCUACUUCCCCAUUGUUUUGACCCCAGCACCACUACCCACUUAUGUGCUGAGACGCAUGGGUCAUAAACCAUUUAUUGACAUGGGUCUCAUGAGAAGAACUGUCAAGGAACAGAAUGUGGAUACUAUCAGAUAUGCAAAAAUUCUUGUGCAAGAGUUCAUGUUGAAACUUGACAAAGGAUUCAUACUGUCCUUGGUGGACGUGACUUCUCAGCUGACACCUGCAGUAAAGGAGAGCUUCCAAUUACAAUGUGAUCUUUACCAAGCAAGACAAUCACUGAAAGAGGCAACAGCCAUUCUGAUUGAUUCAAGACCACAUAAGAUUUUUAUUGAGUACAUUCAUCUUUCUCCUCUGAAGCUACAUCUUAGCUUCUCACUGUACAGCAAAGUGAACAUGCCUCCAGGAAGCCAAACCAAAGUCCAGUCAAGUAGCAUAACUGGUGACAUAGUGGAUUUCUUCUUGAACUCUGUUGGGGUCAGUCUUACAGAGAUCAAGAAUGUAGAGCUGAGGAUGGCUUAUUUUGAACGAAAGGGUGUCCUUCUGUCAGUCAAUCAACUCACAGCCCAAGUGAAGUCGCAUUACAUUCACCAGGCAUUGCAGCAAGCCUAUGUGUUGAUUCUAGGUCUUGAUGUACUGGGAAAUCCUUAUGGCUUGAUCAAGGACUUCACACAAGGGUUGGGAGAUUUCUUUUAUGAACCUUUCUUGGGGUCUAUCCAGGGCAAAGAUGAAUUCACAGACAGUCUGGCAAGAGGAGUAGAAAGCCUAAUGGGAAAUACAAUUGGAGGUACAGCAGGUUCAGUGGCACAGAUAACAGGAGGAAUUGGCAGGACUCUUGCAGCACUUUCCUUUGAUGAAGAUUAUAAAAUAAAACGCAGAGCAAGGAUGCAGCAAGAACCUAAAGAUUUACCUGCCAGUCUAGCAAUGGCUUCCAAAACCCUGGUCAUUGGCAUAGGUCUGGGUCUUUCAGGAGUCAUAUUAGACCCAGUGAAAGGUGCCCAUGAGGAUGGUGUUGAAGGCUUUUUCAAAGGUGUAGGGAAGGGUCUUUUGGGUCUGCUGACUAAACCAGCAGGUGGUGUUGCGGACAUGGUCAGCAUGGCAUUCGAUGGACUUCGAAG